AGCCAUUGUUUACCUGACUUGUUCUUAGGCUGCCUUAGAUUCCGAACUGGCUUCCCUUUAGGCUUUUUCAUAAACAAAUAACUGGAAAUGUCUCUAAGGAGGGGAGAGACCAGUUCCUCAUUACAGCUGGUAGCAAGCUUGCUUUCACUCAGCUGGGAGGGCGCAUUGUUACAGGUGUGGAACUGGUUGCUCUGAGCCCUCCUCCGGCAGCUCACUCUGGUUCUUCAGGCUCUGAGGAUCCUCAGGACCCACCUGGGUGCAGCUGGGACAGACCGUCUCACAGAUGCAACAACCUGCUUGACAUUCUCCUCUGGAAAAGGAAAAGAACUACUAGAGGAAGUGUGGCACUUGGAUGCAGAAAUUGAGCACCCUCCAUGUGAUCCAGAGAACAGGAACUCAGACAUCUUCUGGAACCUUCUACCCACGGUAGAACCUCUUAGCUUUAUGGAGAAAACAGAGUCAUUCUAUCUAGAGGUGCCACCCCAAGACUGCGGAGCCUCUCCUGGGCCCCGGCUGAGGAGCCUGCCAAAGCAGCACUGUGAGAACCAGGGGAGCCUCCUCCAGUUUGACCGGCAAGCCCCAGGCCGCAUCUCCACCUCGCCCACUUUGAGGAGAUUAAGGACCCGUGGCUGUGGGACUUGGCACUCACUGUCUCAGCAGGAUGCCUUGCAGGUGCCCACCUGGGGAAGCUGGAGAGAGCCUGCGGGCUCCCCACGUUACCUUUCCAAGAGCCUGCCGGGAAGCCCAAAGGAUUCUUCGUAUUUGCUGUCACCCUUGAGACUCCACUCAAGAUUGACCUCUGAACCUGAAAGGGCCCUGAACACAGCUGACUCACAGGAGCCCCAAACCCGGCCCACUGACAAGUAUUUCCCUCCUGAGCUUCAGCCUGUCAGUGAAGAGUCCCUUCACCAGGCCUCUCUUCUGUGGCAAGAAGGCCACUUCCUGUCCAGCCCCACCCUACAACACCCUAGUCCUCAGGGAGAAGAAUUGCACCCAUCCAGGUGA